AACAACCGAAGAAGAGGACGAAGAAGAAGAAGGAGAAGAAGUAGGAGGCGUCUCCGGCGGCGAUGAAAGCCAACUGAUGGCAGCGUUGUGACAAAGGGGAAACCGAGUAUCACCCUGCACCUGCUGUCUGUUUGAGAGAUGCUGACCUCUUCUUACCAGUGACCAAAGCUUGCCGUGACAGGACAGCAGGACGCAGAUCAGGCCCAACAUGGCUGCCAGGCCGCAGAAACCUGCAGCUGCUUCAGACGGCUCAGUGGAGGCUAAAAGGACGGACUUCAGGGCCAAUGAAAAGAAGUGCUCUUGGGCCUCCUACAUGACCAAUUCUCCGACUGUGAUAGUGAUGAUUGGUUUGCCAGCUAGGGGGAAAACCUACAUGGCCAAGAAGCUGACACGGUACCUCAACUGGAUUGGAGUGCCAACUAAGGUAUUUAACCUUGGAGUUUAUAGGAGAGAAGCUGUGAAGUCAUACAAGUCCUAUGACUUUUUCAGACAUGACAACAAAGAAGCAAUGAAAAUUAGAAAACAGUGUGCUCUGGUGGCACUGGAGGAUGUCAAGGCUUAUCUAAUUGAGGAGGGAGGCCAGAUUGCUGUUUUUGAUGCCACCAACACCACCAGAGAGAGGAGGGAACUCAUCCUUAAUUUUGCAAAAGACAAUGCAUACAAGGUGUUUUUUGUAGAAUCAAUAUGUGACGAUCCAGAUGUCAUCGCUGCAAACAUUCUGGAUGUGAAGGUGUCCAGCCCAGAUUACCCCGAGAGGAACAGAGAACGUGUCAUGGAGGAUUUUCUGAAGAGAAUAGAAUGUUAUAAAGUGACCUACCAACCUUUAGAUCCGGACGAGCACGACAAGAACCUGUCCUUCAUCCAGGUCAUAAAUGUUGGCCGUCGUUUCUUGGUCAACAGGGUGCAGGACUACAUCCAGAGUAAAAUAGUCUACUACCUCAUGAACAUCCACGUACACUCCCACUCCAUCUACCUCUGUCGGCACGGAGAGAGCCAUCACAAUAAGGAGGGACGCAUCGGGGGAGACUCUGAACUCUCAGAGAGAGGGAAACAGUUUGCAGGAGCUCUGAAGGGUUUUGUUGAAGAGCACCAUCUGUCAGACCUGAAAGUUUGGACCAGCCAGCUGAGGCGCACCAUUCAGACGGCAGAGGAACUGGGAGUUCCCUACGAGCAGUGGAAGAUCCUUAAUGAAAUAGAUGCUGGAGUCUGUGAAGAGAUGUCCUAUAAAAUGAUUGAGGAAACGUACCCAGAGGAGUUUGCCAUGAGGGACCAGGACAAGUAUCACUACCGCUACCCUGGAGGAGAGUCCUACCAGGACUUGGUUCAGCGGCUGGAGCCAGUUAUCAUGGAGCUGGAGCGACAGGGCAACGUUCUGGUCAUCUGUCAUCAGGCGGUCAUGCGCUGCUUGCUUGCCUAUUUCCUGGAUAAGAGCGCAGAUGACCUGCCCUACUUGAAGUGUCCCCUGCACACUGUCCUAAAACUCACCCCUGUGGCUUAUGGUUGUAAAGUGGACAUGUUUGACCUGAAGGUUGAGGCUGUCAACACUCACAGGGACAGACCAUUAAAUAAAGUCCGAACAGAUACUGUGUCGCCAGCUUUCCUCAGAAGGAACAGCUUCACGCCGCUGUCAAGCCAAGACCAGAUUAAACGACCUCGUCUUUACAGCAUGGGCAACCCUCCACAGGCCCGCAUGUCCCAGGCCCCCAUGUUACCCAGCAUGCAGUUCUCUGAGGCGUCGGAGGGGUCAGAGAUGCUACAAAGUGAGGACUCUCUGAACGGUUUCAGUGCAGCAGACACAGACGACUGAGUUAAAGAAGCACAAAAAGAGGCUUUUCUCCACUUGGAUGUAUCACCAGUUCUGAGGACCAGCAGUAAAAGUUGCAACCGGCUUCAGCCAUUACAUAUUUAAGCCCUGUAUUACCUACCAUGUCUGUAUAACCCUAUAUGUGUUGUCUGUUCACUUUUUGUUGGAUAGGGAGGUAAUGUCUGUGUCAGUGUGAGCGUGCACAUGCAUAAAUGAACUCAGCGUUUUUGCACCACGGUUUUCAAAACUGAGCUGUGAUCCACCUCAGAUAUAUAAGGUAAACAUUUGUAGUAAGUAGCGUCUGUGAAAACUCAUCCAUUAGUUCGUACAGUGGUACACUGGUCACAUUAUGCUGUAUCAGAUCUAGAAAUUUUUGACUGUGAAUGCUAUACCUCAGUACAAAGCUACUGCCUUCAGUUUUAGUGUAAGAGAGUGCCUCUUUAGAAGGAAGCUAUAUACAGCCUUAAUCUGUCCUCACAUUCUUUCUUAAAAUGACUUAUUUUAACAUUCCCAGCUAAUAUGCUUCCUUUCUGUGUCUAUCUGAAAAGAUGUAGUAGUAAUUUUAUUUUUAGAUGUCAUUUAAGCAUAUUAAAUAUGAAUGUAAUUUUGGCAUGGGCAGACACAAGCUAUAAGAAGUAAUGAAAUAUUUCCUGUAGCCCUAUUAAUAGUGCAGCAGCUACAGUGUCUCUGUGCUUUUCCUCUGUGACAAUUAUUCCAUUAUUCUCUUAAAUGAUGCCUAUUUGUAUAUGUUGCCUUCUACCAAAUAACAGCUUGAAUAUAUUCAGCCUCCCACGGUGAUAAUAUAAAGCUGAUCACAUUUGAACGCCACAAAAUUGAUGCUUAUUUCAAACACAAAGAGAUGAAGCGCUGAACGACACUGGAUAUUUUGCUGAGCUUUUAUGCUAUUGAGUUUCUUCGUAAGGAAAAGCAAAUCGGUUUUGUACCUCUGAUACAAUAAAGAUACUGUAUGUUAAGUGCUGCCUUGAUAGUAUCCAUAUGGAUGACAUCCAUUCAGAUAACUUUUAGUCCUGAUAAUAAAAUAAAUCAUUUGGAAAAGUGCGCUUAUUUACAGGACUACAAGACUGUGACAUUAGUAAUCAAGAGUAUUUCCAACAUUUUAGCGUAUACUGUACACAAUAUGCAAAAUUAUGUUAUGUUAAUAUGUAAGGAUUGGCAAUAGAUUUGGAUGCCUCAAAAACAGCUUUAAUGUUAAUGCACACUGUUAUGUAAGUGUUUCAUUAAAUGAAGUUCAUUUUCUGCUAUUUUAA